GAUUCAUCAAAACUCAGCUGUGUGUCUGUGAAGAGUGACUGCUCUAUGGAUCAACCAUUAAAACUUAGUGGAGACACAUGUCCUGGUCUCAGGUCAGUCCUGCCACCACCUGUCCCCAAGAAGCCAUCAAGACUGGGUUUUGAUUUCAGGUCAGUUACAUUAAGGCAUUUUGUUUGUUGUAGAUGCAAAAAUGGGUCAUCACACUUUAUUAAGUUAUUAAGAACUGACACAUUACUUUACAUUACAUUUAAUCAUUUACCGGACACUUUUCUCUAAAGCGACUUACAAAUGAGAACAAUAGAAGCAAUCAAAUCAACAUGAGUGCAACAGUAUGCAAGUGCCAUGUCCCAGUCCCAGUUAUUCCAGCAAAGUGCACGUAGCAAGGAUUUGUUUUAAGUAAAUGAAUAGAGAGAGAGAAUAGAAAUAGAAAAAAGUAAAUGCUAAUAUUACUGGGUCAAGUGUUGACGAAAAAAAGAUGUGUCUUUAGCAGUUUUUUUUUUUGAAAAUGGCUAAAGACUCAACUGUUCAGAUUGAGCUAGGCAAGUCAUUCCACCAGCAGGGAACAGACAAGGAAAAGGUCAGUGAGAGUGAUUUUGUGCCUCUUUGGGAUGGUACCACAAGGCGCCGUUCACUUGCAGAGCACAAGCUUCUGGAGGGCACAUAAGUCUGAAGUAGUGAGUUUAGGUAUAGUGGUGCAGAGCCAGUGGUUGUUCUAUAGGCAAACAUCAGAGCCUUGAAUAUGAUGUGAGUGGCUAUUGGCAGCCAGUGCAAACUGAUGAAGAAAGGUGUGACGUGUGCUCUCUUCAGCUCGUUAAAGACCUUGCUGAGGCAUUCUGGAUCAGUUGCAGAGGUUUGACAGUGCAUGCUGGAAGGCCUGCUAAGAAAGCAUUACAAUAGUCCAGUCUGGAUAGAACAAGAGCUCGGAUGAGAAAUUGUGUGGAAUGCUCUGAUAGGAUGGGCUUCCUAAUGUUAUAUAAGGCAAAUCUGCAGGACCGGGCCGUUGUAGCAAUAUGAUCUGUGAAGCUUAAACGAUCAUCCAUCACAACUCCAAGGUUUCUGGCUGUCCUGGAAGGAGUUAUGGUUGACAAACCUAUUUGAAUGGAGAGGUUAUGAUGAAGUGUUGGGUUGGCACCGACCACAAGCAGUUCCAUCUUUGCAAGGUUGAGUUAAAGGUGGUGGUCCUUCAUCCAGGAAGAAAUGGCUGUCAGGUAGGCUGCGAUGUGAGCAGCAACCAUUGGAUCAUCUGGUUGGAAUGAGAGGUAGAGUUGUGUGUCAUCAGCAUAGCAUUGAUAGGAAAAACCAUGUUCCUGAAUGUCAGAUCCUAGUGAUGACAUGUAGAUGGAGAAGUGGUCCAAGCACAGGUACCCCAGUAGCAAGAUGAUGCCACUUAGACAUUUCACCCCUCCAAGAUACCCUGACCUACCUGAGAGGUAAGACUUGAACCACUGAAGUGCGGUUCCCGAGAUGCCCUUUGUCAUGAUAGUUGACAUGAGGAUCUGGUGGUUAACUGUGUCAAAAGCAGCAGACAGUUCCAGCAAGGUGAGUACUGAUGAUUUGGAAGCUGCUUGUAGCAGUCUCAGGGCUUUAGUAACUGAGAGCAGGACAAUCUCAGUUGAGUGGCCAGGGAGUUGUUCUGUGUAGCAAAUUAGCUCAAAAGAAAUAUUAAUAAAUAAUUUUAAAAUUAACUAAUUUUAACUGUUAUAAUUAAUUACAAAUAUUUGGAUCGGUUAAUAGAAUUAACUUAAGGUAGUUAAAUUAAUAUUCCAAUCAAUUAACCUGUUUAUCCAGUGAACACUCAGUGUUAAUUGUUUAUUAAUUGUAAGAAAUGUUAAUUUCUGGGUUAUGGGAAAUAACACUCUUACUGUACAGUACUACUCAGAGCAUGUAGUCAGAAUCUGCAUGAUUAGGGAAAAAUAUGAGUAUAUGAGCAUGAAACACGGACAACUUUACGUGUGACAUGAACAAGACUUUAUUAACUAGACUAAACACUAAACUACUCCAACAUUCACACACACACACACACACACACACACACACACACAUACAUGCAUAUAGUUUACCAAGGGAAAGAGAGAGCUGAAGCAGAAUACAGGAAAAAACAAGAAGUUAUAGCAUUGUUUGAAAUUCAGCAGGUCAGCAGCCUUGAGCAAACCGUCAGUUUAGUUCUAACAUGCCCUUCUUUAAAAGGGGUAAGGAUACUUGAUGUAUCAAAUAAUGAGACUAAGUGUGAUACUUGCAUGUUUCGCCGAUUUGAAUGAACUGUCCUGAUGCAAUUUGUGGAGGCUGCCGUUGAUCUUUUCUGAUGUUGUCUUGAUGAGAGAGAACCAGUUGGAUUCAGAGGAUCUUUGGUGAAUGGAAAGACAAGGCCGCAGCCUGGCACAAGCUUGGGGGUCUUCAGACAUACUUCUAGCUCAGCGUCAUCUUCACAUCAGCAUUUUUCAGUAAAGGGACCUCUGUGAUCUUGUGAUCAGUGACUUUUAAAGUGUGAAGAUGCCACACCCUCUGGAGGUGACUGAGCCAAUAAGGAGUUCCUUUGGAGCAGGAUAUUAGACAUAAGACAUUGGAUUGGAUGUUUGAGAGAAGAACCUUCUAGAUCAGUGAUUCUCAAAGUGUGGUACAUGUACCACUAGUGGUACGCAGGCUCCCACUAGUGGUAUGCAGAGGAAUCGCUGAAUUAAAUAUGAAUUGGCUGUGAUGGGAAGAGGUGGAGGUGGAUAAAUUAUGAAAAGUUCAACAAAACUGCUAUCGUGGCUUCAAUCUGGUAAGAUAAGUGUGGAUCAGGAGGGGAAAGUGUCAAGCACAAGAACUGAAGAGGACAAAAGUGAACCGAGCACAGGUGCUAACAGUGGCUUUGAUAGCGCCGGUGAUGUCCCCGGAGCAUCUGCUAGCAGCAGCAAACGGUACAAAACAGUGAGAUAUUAUGACUCGAACUACAUCAAAUUUGGAUUUAUUUGUAGCGGGAGAGAGAACGAGCCCAAGCCGCAGUGUGUGUUAUGUGGCAAAGUUCUUAGCAAUGAAUAUAUGAAACCAUCGCAUCUCAAACAACAUCUAAUAACCAAACACAUGGCACUUAAGGACAAACCAGUGGGUUUUUUUUUUACGAAAACGUGAUGAACUGAAGCAUUCAAAGUCCACCAUUCACUCCUGUGGUACAUCCAUAAUCAAAGCACAGGAAGCUUCAUAUCAUGCCAGCCUCCGGAUCGCCAAAGCCGGUAAGCCGCACACAAUUGGGGAACAACUGUGUCUACCUUUAGCCAAAGAGAUGACACGCAUCAUGUGUGGAGAGAAAGUUGCCAAAGAGUUAAACUUGGUGCCGCUUUCAAACGACACUGUGUCACGGAGAAUAAAAGACAUGGCUGACGAUGUUAAAAAGACACUGAUUGAGCGCAUUAAGAACAGUCGAUAUUUUGCCAUCCAGCUUGAUGAGACUACAGAUGUCGCAGAUCUGGCCAAUUUAUUGGUUUACGUGAGAUAUGAAAAUGAUGGUGCAGCUCAGGAGGACUUUAUGUUCUGCCAGUCACUUGAGACCAGAACUACAGCAGAGCACAUAUUCCAGGUACUGGAUGCAUUUAUACAAGAGAACGGGAUGGACUGGAAAAAGUGUGUGGGAGUGUGUUCAGACGGCACGAGGGCUAUGACAGGUUGCCACAGUGGAGUGGCAGCUCAUAUCCGAGAGGUGGAACCUGAAAUACACUGGACUCACUGCAGCAUCCAUCGUGAGGCGCUGGCAGUGAAGAAGAUGCCCGGUGGCCUGAAGUCUGUGCUGUAUGCUGCUGUGAAAACUGUGAACUUCAUUAAGGCCAGACCGAUGAAUGCUCGCUUAUUUCGUGUACUCUGCGAGGAGAUGGGCAGUGAGCAUGUCCAACUCUUGCUUCAUACUGAAGUAAGGUGGCUAUCAAGAGGAAAGGUGCUUUCGAGGCUUUUCGAAUUGCACAGAGAAGUCCAGAUUUUCUUACAUGACACAAAUUUCCCCUUGUCAGACAUUUUCGAGGAUACUGUGUGGCUCAGUCAGCUGGCAUACUUGUCGGACAUUUUUUCACAUUUAAACGAACUGAAUUUGGGACUACAAGGACUCUCCAUCAAUGUCUUUGAUGUGCAGGACAAAAUCAAUGCACUGCUGAAAAAGUUGGAGUUGUUUGAAAUCAAAGUUAAUACAGGUGAUGUUUCAGCUUUCCCUGCUCUGGAGAGUUUUCUGUCUGACAAUGACCUGACGCUUGAUGAUGGAAUCAGGGAGAACAUCGCUGCACACCUCGUGUCGCUCAGACAACAGUUCCGUGAUUAUUUCCCAGUGAUGCCUGAAGCUGAAGCUAGCAGCUGGAUAAGAAACCCUUUCAGUAUCGACACCUCUCAGAUGUCUUCUUCAGAGAACUUAACUGUUGCUGAGCAGGAGAGUUUGAUAGAGUUGUCUUGUGACGAAUCAUUGAAGGCAGCUUUCAGAAAGCAGACAUUGUUAGACUUUUGGAUAAAGCAGCACAGUGAAUACCCUGUGCUGUCCAACAAGGCAGUGCACUUUCUCCUUCCUUUUGUGACCACGUAUCUGUGCGAGAAGGGCUUCUCUUCGCUUGUUGUGAUAAAAACAAAGUACAGAAGCAGGGUGGAUGCUGAGCCAAACCUGAGACUAAAGCUGACCUCCACUGACCCAGACAUCGCAGGACUGUGUUCACAGAGGCAUGCACACCCAUCACAUUAAUCUCAUAAGUUUGGGCCACAGCGAGGCUUCGGUUGACUGCAGUACACAGCUUCUUCGGCGUUUUGAUCCGGAGAUUCUGUACUCUUUCAGAAGUUCAGUCCAGCAGAGGAGAUCAUCUGAUUCAGAACUCAGUUGUGUGUCUGUGAAGAGUGAAUGCUCUAUGGAUCAACCACUAAAACUUAGUGGAGACGCAUGUCCUGGUCUCAGUUUAGUCCAACAGGAGAGAUCUGAUUCAUCAGAACUCAGCCAUGUGUCUGUGAAGAAGGACCGCUCUAUUGAUCCACCAUUAAAACUUAGUGGAGACACAUAUCCUCGUCUCAGUGAAGUCUUCCACAGCAUGGAAGUAUGGAAAAGGUCAGACCUGCCACCACUUGUCCCUAAGAAGCCAUCAAGACUGAGUUUUGAUUUCCGCCGUGACUCUCAACUCACUGAAGUCCUCAAAUCAUUUAGAUCAAAUUUGUUGGAACAGUUUAAGUAUCUGUAUGAGAGAACAACACCUCACCAAAGAUCUCAUUCACUCCUGAAUGAGAUUUACACAGAGCUCUACAUCACAGAGAGUGAAAGUGGAGAGAUCAGUAAUGAGCAUGAGGUGAGACAGAUUGAGACUCAAUCCAGGAGAGCAGCAACAGAACAAACACCAAUCAAAUGCAGUGACAUCUUUAAAACUUUACCUGGACAAGACAAACCCAUCAGAACUGUGCUGACAAAGGGAGUCGCUGGCAUUGGGAAAACAGUCUCUGUGCAGAAGUUCAUUGUGGACUGGGCUGAAGGGAAAGAGAAUCAGGACAUCCAGCUCAUAUUUCCACUUCCUUUCAGAGGGCUCAACUUGAUGAAGGACGAAACACUCAGUCUUUCAGAUCUUCUUCAUUUCUUUUUCCCCAUAAUAAACAAAAUGAAACCAUUCAGUGGUGAAUAUAAAAUUUUCUUCAUCUUUGAUGGUCUGGAUGAGUGUCGUCUGUCUCUGGAUUUUCAGAGCAAUGUGAGGUUGUGUGAUGUGACUGAAUCAGCCUCAGUGGACAUGCUACUGAUGAACCUCAUUGCGGGGAAUCUGCUUCCCUCUGCUCUCAUCUGGAUCACCUCCAGACCAGCAGCAGCUGAUCUCAUCCCCUCUGAGUGUGUUCAUCGAGUGACAGAGGUACGAGGCUUCAGUGACCCACAGAAGGAUGAAUACUUCAGGAAGAGAAUCAGUGAUCAGAGUCUGGCUGAGAGGAUCAUCUCACACCUGAAGUCAUCAAGGAGCCUCCACAUCAUGUGCCACAUCCCAGUGUUCUGCUGGAUCUCAGCCACUGUUCUAGAGAAGAUGUUGAGUGAAGCAGAGAGUGGAGAGAUUCCCAAGACUCUCACAGGAAUGUACACACACUUCCUUAUCCUUCAGACCAACAUCAGACAUCAUGAGAAAGACUAUGAGAAGAACGUGACAGAUGAAGACAUGAUCCUCAAACUGGGGAAAGUGGCUUUUCAGCAGCUUGUGAAAGGAAACCUGAUCUUCUAUGAGGAAGACCUGAGAGAGUGUGGCAUUGAUGUGACAGAAGCAUUAGUGUACUCAGGAUUGUGCACUCAGAUCUUCAGAGAGGAGUUUGGCUUGUAUCAGGGGAAAGUCUUCAGCUUCGUUCAUCUAAGCAUUCAGGAACAUCUAGCGGCUCUAUAUAAGCACCUCACUUUUACAGAAAGCAGCAUAAAUGUGUUUGACCAAAUCACCAAACAAAGACCAAAAAAAGCUUUGGAUUGGUUCCAGAAUGCUGCAGAAAAAUAUGUUUCAUUGUCUGAUUUGCAUCAGAGAGCUGUGGAUGGGGCUCUACAGAGUAAAAAUGGACAUCUGGAUCUUUUUCUGCGUUUCCUUCUGGGUCUGUCAGUAAAGGCUAAUCAGAAUCUCCUACAAAGUCUAACUACACAGACAGUAAGCAGCUCUGACAGCAAUGAGAAAACAGUUGAGUACAUCAAGAAAAAGAUCAGGUCCAUCAAAUCUCCAGAGAAAUCCAUCAAUCUGUUCCACUGUCUGAAUGAACUGGGUGACUAUUCAUUAGUGGAGGAAAUGAAAUAUUAUCUGAAAUAUGGAACAGUAAGGGAAACCAAACUCUCUUCAUCUCAGUGGUCAGCUGUAGUUUUUGUGUUGUUGACAUCAGAGGAGCAGCUGGAUGAGUUUAAUAUUAAUCAUUUUUUUGGAGGUAACAAUAAAUCUGAAAAACUGGAAGUUUUUAAGAAGUUGCUGCCCGUGAUUAAAGAAUCCAGAUCAGUUCACUUGAGUGAUUGUGGAAUCACAGCUGAAAGUUGUGCUGCUCUGGCUUCAACACUGAGUUCAAACCCCUCACACCUGAGAGAACUGGAUCUAUCUGACAAUAAUCUAGGAGACUCAGGAGUGAAGCAUCUCUCUGAUGUACUAAAGAAUCCUCACUGUAAACUGGAGAUACUGAGGAUGAGGAACUGUGGUGUAACAGAGAAAGGUUGUGCUGCUCUGGCUUCAGCUCUGAGAUCAAAUCCCUCACACCUAAGAGAUCUGGAUCUGACUGAUAAUAACCAUAUAAGUGGUUCUGGAGUGAAGUGGCUCUCUGAUGUAGUACAGAGUCCUAGCUGUAAACUGGAGAAACUAUGGUUGAUUAAUUGUGGUGUCACUGAUGAAAGUUGCUCUGCUUUGGCUUUAGCUCUAAAAUCAACCCCCUCACACUUGAGAGAUCUGAAUCUGUCUAAGAAUAAAAUAGGAAAUUUAGGGGUGAAGCUACUCUCCAAUGGACUGGAGGAUACUCACUGUAAACUGGAGAAAUUGUGGUUGUGUGAGUGUGGUGUCACAGAGAAAGGUUGUGCUGCUCUGGCAUCAGCUCUGAGAUCAAACCCUUCAUACCUGAUAGAACUGAAUAUGUCUGGAAAUAAACGAGGACAUCCAGGAGUGAAACUGCUUUAUGAACUAAAGAAAGAUCCACAUUAUACACUGGAGGGACUAGGCCAAUAUUAACAUGACAAAACCGAAUAAACACAUACCUGGGACAAACACGACCAAAGACUGAGCUCUCAGUACUUCAAAGUCAGUCCAGUUUUCUUAGAAUUAGCCGACGGUGAAUGAGAAGCCACUAAAGAGAGUCACAAUCAACAGAGACUAAAGACACAGUGACCCCCACAGUGAUCACACUUCCAUGUCUGUGUGAUUUUGCAUUUUCGUGUUUUUUGUUUUGAAUUACAGAUUCCAUCAGAUUCCACAAUGAUCUAUUAGAGGACUAACAGAGGACUAACUUACAGAUGAUGAAUAAUAUAAUAAUAAAAAUGUAAUAGGUAUUGAUUACAAAUUGUGCUGCUUGUUUACAAUGUAGAUGGUGUAACACCCAAUAUACAGUUAGGCAAACUAAAAAAACAGAACCGGUAAUGCCCAUGCAGAAAGACAUGUCACUCGCACCCACCGGCAGUACUAUAAUAGCCACCAGACCCAGACUGCUUAUAGAGUGUCUUAAAAUAAGUGUUUAUAUGUAAUGUUUUAGAAUCAGAUUUUAUAAGGAAGGGGGGAGGGAUGGAGAAUAAAAUUCUGUAAUAAUAUAAAUAUCAAUACUGCUACCUCUACUACCACUAUAUAAUACAAUAAUACAAUACAAUAAUAAUAGCCAUAACAAUAACAAUUAUAUGCAAAAUUUACAUAUAUAGAAAAGAAAUUAAAAUGUAGCAUAUAGUACAUUAUAAUAUAUAUAAAUUACAUCAAUCUAUAAAUAAUUGUAGAACAGUAUAUUAAAUGAUAUUUGUCUAUUAUUGAAGUAGUUUGUUGUAAUGUAUACCAAAUACAAAAUACUAAAAACAAAUACUGAAACACUGGAAAGACAACAAAGAAAAAAGGAGGAAGAGAUGACAAAUUUAAAGGCAGUAGAAUUUAAGUUCUAAGAAAUGUUAUUGUUGGCAGGAUAUAAGCCAAACUUAUGAGUUUCUUUUAAACACAUGGUUAAUGACAAAGAGGAAUCAGUUCUACUAUUUAGAUAUUGAAAAAAUGGGACCAGAUUUGUUUGAAAGAAUCAAUAUUAUGUGCAAAUGCAAUUAAUUGCUCCAAGUUUGAGUGUACUAAUAGUAAUUUGAGCCAGUGAUUUAUUGAGAGUUCUGUUCUGUCUUUCCAAUUAAGUAAAAUGUGUUUCUUUGCUAUGAACAGUGAGAUUAAUAAGAAUGGUUUGAGAUUAUUAGGCAUUUGUAAAGUAGACAUGUCUCCCAGUAAGGCUAUUAUGGGGCAAACUGGGAUGCUGAGCUCGAGGAUGUCUGACAACCUGCUCAUGACCUCCGACCAGAAUGACCGAACAAGUGGGCACUGCCAGAAUGCAUGAAAAUAAUCAUCAGUUGAGGAUGGACAGUAUGAACAGUUGUUAUUUUUAAUAUAUCCCAUGUGCUGCAGUUUGUGUGUUGUGAUGUGUGUUCUAUGGAUAACCUUAUAUUGAAUCAUUUGGAUUUUGGUAUUGCAAGACAUAGAAUAAAUAUUAUUGCAAACUU